GGCUUUGUGACGAUGUUUGCUGCACUGGGGAUUGCAGGUUCUACCCCGUCAUGCUAUACUGGAGUAAAUGGGAGUCCUCCUCUCUGUUCCACAUGCAAUGGGACAUGUUUGCAAAGUUCUGGGUGCACAUGCUCAAAUUCCACAUCAUGUCUACCUGAUGCAAGAUUUUGCUCCCUAAAUUCCUCUUCUUGUUGUCUCCCAAACCUUUCCUGGAAUCCAGACUUGGCCUGCUGCACAGCGGAUCCAUACUGUAUUUCAGCAUGCCUUGCAGAUGAAGUCUGUCAAUAUGUCAAUCAGACAGCAGUUUGUGUCGCUAACGCAACUUACUAUAAGGCUCUGGGUCUGAAUGUACAAAAUACAACCUCUUCUGUGGCGUGUAAAGGUUCAAACAUGACAAUUUCUGUCAGUAAGAAUUUGCUGGAGAUCCUGCACUACAAGCCAUCUGCAUCCACUUUGUUGCAGUCCAACUGUUCUGGAGCCAAUGAAAGUAUUCUGCAAGGGCAGCGUAUGUAUUCACUGACUGUGCAGACCGGUGGCGGUAUCUGUGGCAGUAGUAUGGUGAAAAACGCAACUCAUGUGUCUUACACGAAUGCUAUUAUCGUCCCCGGAAACACUGAUAAUGGACUUGUUACAGUCAGCGAGCUCAGUGUUGCAUUCACUUGCACAUACAAUAUUUCAAUGUGGAUAUCUUUAUUUACAGUAUUUAAACCAGUUUUAGACACACAGAACCUGGAUGCUGGAGGAACUAAUGGUGAUGGCCUCACAUCACUUGCAGCUUAUUCCAACCCAUCGUACACUAAUCCUAUGCUGCAAUCAGAACAACAAGACCUGCAGAUAGGAUCAACUCUUUAUUUUGGAAUGAGCACUCAGUUCCCUGACCCUGCUUUUGUUUUGCGGAUUGACCAAUGCUUUGCUACCCCAACCAGUGAUGGUUCUGGCUCCAUUAAAAUACAGCUGAUUCAAGGAGGUUGUGCUGUAAACAGUGGACCAUAUACCGAAGUGCUUGAGAAUGGUAAAUCCAAAGAAGUCCGCUUUAGCAUAAGCUCUUUCUCCUUCAGGGAUUAUAACACUGUCUACAUAUUCUGUGAUGCUCGGUUGUGUAGCCAAGAAUCUGGAAAAUGCUCAUCAUGUGCAGGAUCUCGUGAUGUUUUAGAAGAGUCUAAACAGUUCUCUCUAGGUCCUUUCACAUUUAUUGAUCCUGUGGAUAAUUCUGCUGUCUCCCAUAAAGGUCUGCCUUUUACUGUACUCGUGGCCAGCCUUCUGAGUGCUUGGAUACUGCUUAUGUCUGAGUUUUGA